AAACCUACACACCCACCUCCAGACACACUCGCAUUUCUCAUUUCUUACUUCUAGUCUAAAUUAGAUAGCAAGACGUAGUGUCGGAGCUCACAGAUCGCAUAGAAUUAGUUUUAAGUACUAGCAGUAGCUAAACAGUAAAUCUGAAAUUCAACAUGGAGUCCCCUCCAGAUCCAGCGAGCGACCCGGGCAACAGCGCCUCGGAGCCGGCUACCCCGGUCAGGGAAACCCCGGUAAACCUGGAGACGCUCCGGAAAGCGGACCAUCCAGCCCCGGUUCGAAGGCAGACCUGUUCAAGCACCAACAGAGGUAUCUCAGUAACAAAGAAGACACAUACCUCUCAAAUCGAAAUAAUUCCCUGCAAGAUCUGUGGAGACAAAUCAUCAGGCAUCCAUUACGGCGUGAUAACAUGUGAAGGCUGUAAGGGCUUCUUCAGGAGGAGUCAGCAGAGCAAUGCAGCCUACUCCUGCCCUCGUCAGAAGAACUGCCUGAUCGACCGUACCAGCCGCAACCGCUGCCAGCACUGCCGGCUUCAGAAGUGCCUGGCAGUGGGCAUGUCACGAGAUGCGGUGAAGUUUGGCCGCAUGUCGAAGAAGCAGCGAGACAGCCUGUAUGCUGAGGUCCAGAAGCACCGGCUGCAGCAGCAGCAGCGUGACCACCAACAGCAGCCUGGAGAGGCGGAGCCGCUCACACCUAGCUAUGGCCUCUCAGCCAAUGGCCUCACAGAGCUCCAUGACGACCUCAGCGGCUACAUGGAUGGUCACACCCCUGAUGGCAGCAAACCAGACUCGGCAGUCAGCAGCUUCUACCUGGACAUCCAGCCAUCUCCUGACCAGUCAGGCCUGGACAUCAACGGCAUCAAGCCGGAGCCCAUCUGCGACUUUGCCCCUGGCUCUGGCUUCUUCCCUUACUGCUCCUUCACCAAUGGAGACACCUCCCCCACCGUGUCCAUGGCUGAACUAGAGCACCUGGCCCAGAACAUUUCCAAGUCACACAUGGAGACAUGUCAGUACCUGAGGGAGGAGCUGCAGCAGAUGACCUGGCAGGCCUUCCUGCAGGAAGAGGUGGAGAACUACCAGAGCAAGCCCCGGGAAGUCAUGUGGCAGCUGUGUGCUAUCAAAAUAACAGAGGCCAUUCAGUAUGUGGUGGAGUUCGCCAAGCGCAUCGACGGCUUCAUGGAGCUGUGUCAGAACGAUCAGAUAGUGCUGCUGAAAGCAGGCUCUUUGGAAGUUGUGUUUGUCAGAAUGUGCCGUGCCUUUGACUCGCAAAACAACACAGUUUAUUUUGAUGGCAAGUAUGCCGGACCUGAUGUGUUCAAGUCAUUAGGCUGUGACGACUUGAUCAGCUCCGUCUUCGAGUUUGGGAAAAACUUGUGUUCUAUGCACCUGUCUGAGGAUGAGAUCGCCCUGUUCUCCGCCUUUGUGUUGAUGUCUGCUGACCGAUCCUGGCUCCAGGAGAAGGUGAAGGUGGAGAAACUCCAGCAGAAAAUCCAACUGGCCCUCCAGCACGUCCUGCAGAAGAACCACAGAGAGGAUGGUAUACUUACAAAGUUGAUAUGCAAAGUGUCGACACUGCGAGCGCUGUGCAGUAGGCAUACAGAGAAGCUUACAGCUUUCAAAGCAAUAUACCCAGACAUUGUGCGUGCCCACUUCCCCCCCUUAUACAAGGAGCUGUUUGGAUCAGACUUUGAGCAGUCCAUGCCCGUUGACGGGUAGCAGCCCUGCCAGGUGCUAGUGUGCCCACCGUAGGGGAAUGUGGAGGAGGAAUCUGAGACACUUUAUUGGUGCCCUGCACAAACCAGAGCGGACAGAUGGCACGCUGUUCAACUUCUUCUUUUUACGUCAGAGGGGAGGGCGUAGGGAGUUGAUUUUCAAGGUUUACUCUAUUGAAUUUAGUUUUCUUUGGAAGGCUUGUGGGACCCAACACCCCAUGGGACAUGAAGAGGAGCUAGGGACAAAUAAUUUCUGUCUGGUUGAACUUGACCCUCUUUUGCGUAUUUCUGACACUGAGCACAUGAUUCACUUCAUUACAGUCAUUGAUUUUCACCAGUAUUUAUUGCAUCGCCAUUAUUGUGAUUUAUCUGUGCAUCUGACUUGUAAUCAGAUAAACAAAUAAUGAGUCACUUUUUGAAUAAAAAUAGCUGGCGAUGUUUUCAAUUAGAAGAUAAAUUCAUAUCAGUAUUCUUUCAGAUUUUACUCCCCAAAAUAGUUCAUAUUCAAACCUUUAAACAGUCUUUUUCCACAAUCUGCUUCAUACACUAUAUCCCAAACCAAAAUAAAAUACCUUAUAAAUGCGCACAUUUUGGUCAAGUUCAGCCUUUUUUUUCUCUCUUGUGUUCAGUUGUAUCUUUUGGACGCAGUUCCAGGAAUGAAAACUCACAGCGACUUUGAGGGAGGGUCUGUUGGCAUGGUGAUGCAAUUGGCACCUCUCUAUGGACAAUCGUUAAAAAAAAAAAAAAAAGAAUUCUGGUAAUUCUAAACGCAAUGAUUUUAGCUGUCAAAGACUCCAUCCACCAUUGUUGCAUAGUGAAAUCAUGUAAGGCCAUCUGCUAUUAAUCCUUCUCUGGACAGGUGCCCUGGAGAAGCACAGGGCACCAACACAAUGAAAAGGGUCCAUUCCACCUGUUUUAUAAUGUACUACAGGGUAUAUGGUCAUAAGUACUUACUAUACAGAAAAAAGUAAUGUUUAUAGAAUCUAUUUUAAAUAACAUGUAUGAUAUUAGUAGUUAGACCAUUCUUAAUUGUUGAAUUGAUAAGGCACUUUUAUUUCCACCUUUCUUUAAUUUAAGACUUGUAUAUUUACCUAGUGAUGUGUUGCAUGUGCACAAGAAAUACAAGUUGAACCAUGGUCACAGAGGCUAGUCCUGGGAGCUGCAGAUGAUACUGGUCUGGAAGUGUUAAGGGCUGUCUGUUAGGGUGGCUGGCGUGGCUGCUAGUUGGUGAACAAAGAGGCAUGGGUAAGGAGGCAGGUUAGAGAAGCUCUCUCAGCUAAAACAACUGCCUGCAUGACACUUGUCAAAAUGUAGCUCUGAUAUUCCUUUUAGCGAGGAUAGCACACAUACAUUAACAGCCAGCAAACUUUGAAGUGAUGUGCGGUCUCAUGGCAUUCUUUUUGUUUGUUAUGAACCAACCUGGAUGGAGCAGCAGUUGUUUAAACUGUUUUUAAAAUACCAGAAUACAGGAAAACGGUAUUGCACGGUGAAACAUUUGCAAUGCACUAACUUUCGUGUUUUUUUCAUAUACUUUCAUCUACAUAUUUGGUACUAAUGUUACUGUGAAAAACCUCACGUAUUAUGUAAAGAAGGCCUAAAGGAAACAGAAAAAAACAGACUUUAUCUAUCUUACAAAUCAGCCUUGUGGUUGGAAUAGGAAGAACACACACAGACUGUAAUCCAAUUGUUCCAUCUAGUGGAAGGUAAAGCUACAACAAGCAAGUUAACAGCCUUGCUGAUAUGAGGUCUAAGCUAAAAGCACACUCGUGAGCCUCUGUCAAAUUUUUUGCUUUAUCUGCCUUCUCACCGCAGCCUCAGCCCAGCAACGCCACAACAGGACAUAGAAGGAACAGUGAAGGGAAAGUGAAUAUUCAAAGCCUUGUCUGGUAGUAAAGCUUCUAUUUUUGUAACACGUUUUGGUUAACAAACUCAUGAAAGAGAGCAAGGGAGAGAAAAAGAUGUCAGGUAGCACUUAACUAUAUUCCCGCAAUAAUUAGAUUAGCUGUUGUUUGUACGAUUAGGGGAGAAACAUAAAAAUGGUAGGACAAGUGCUAUUUUCAGAAUGCUUUGUUGUUGUGUUUCUUGUUUUGUUGAGUGUGUCUUUCUUGUCAGUGUGAUAGUAAAGUGGUAGAAAAAACCCUGGAUGUGCCAAACAGUAGUUGUUGCUUCCGCUUUCCAGUCUACUCGUCUAUAAUGUAGAAUGGAUUCCUAAGACAUUCCAGCAAUCUCAGUAGCGGCUUCUAGAAAUAUCUUUUAAAAAGAGGAAAAAAAUGAGAAAAAAAUGAAAAAAAUGAUAUCCCUUUAGAAACCCAACAAAUCAUGAUAAUACAUCUGUCACCAACCGUUACAUAGAAUCCUGUUGUUUGUCUUUUGUUUUCUGCUUGCACACUAUCAUUCCUCUGCCGUGCAAUUUGUGCAAGGCGUUAAUGCCUUGCGCUGUCACCCCUCAGGGAAGAGUUUCUUUUGCGCUUUCUGUUUUGAGAGGACAUUUGUUUGUACUCAUUAGCUUUAGUUGAUGUUUUUGUCAGGGAUGUUCCAUGAGAAGUGGCUGAAAUUAACAUAUGAAUAUUCAUCACUGAGUGGUUCAGAAUUUCACAUUAUCGAUCUCCUGAAGGGGCCUCCGGCCACUCAAAGACCACUGCGCCCCUGCGGUCAUCGCAUUUGUAAAAACAACAAACCCCCACCACUUUUACAAACCACAAUUUUAUCAGCACACAGCAUAUUCUUGUUACACAUACACACACAAAACAAUCUGUUUUGGUUUCAAAUGGUGUCAUCAGGGUCUUUAAAAAUGAUAACCCUCUUUGUUAGAAAAACCAAAUAUUCUUAUGCAAUACUAAAUCUGUUGUGUUUGGGUUGUAGUAGAUAUGCUGUACCUAAGUAAUAAUCUCUGUUAUGAUCCAAUGCUAUUUGGAUAUGCACAAGCCCUCUACGACUAGUAAACCUCAGUCUCCCAGCAAAAGAAACCCAGUCUGGAACACUGCUAGACAAUCCAGGUUGAGAGGCCCAGUGGCCCGGCAAGAGCAGCGAAGAGGAUGAGGCGCGAACGCUCAGGGAGGUACCAGGUAGACCGAAGAAGCAGCUCUCUUUCCUCUGGACAGUUGCAGAGCAUUUGAUUAGCUCUUUUGUGAAUUUAUGAGGUCUUUAAAAUCUCUUCAAAGCACUCCAUUGAUAAGACGAGGUGGCAGAGCACAUUGAACAUGCAGUAGUACAGCGUUUACUGUUAUAAUUAAAGAGAUGAAGAUUUG